AUGGCCGGCGGCGAUCGAGGCGUUGAGGCGGCAAUGGGAGUCGACGAUCGAGGCGUUGAGGUGGACACGGCCAGUGGCGAUCGAGUCGUUGAGACGGCGAUGGCGUUCAGCGAUCGAGGAAAGGCUCCGAUUCCACCAGAGUGGCGAAACGGUGAUUGGAUCGACGAUAUCCUUAGUUCAGAUCGAGUGAUGAGUUAUGUCGUUGAUGAUUCCGGCUUGAUGAAUGCGGAAUGUAGUGGUAGAAAAUCCAUCGAACAAUCUUACUGUGCCAUCAAAUCAACGCAAGGUCACAGUUCUAUUGUAGAUCAGCUGGAAUCAGAAUGUGGAGAAGAUAAUAGUGGCAAUGAAUUGGGAGUUGAUAAUGUGAUGGUGGAGGAGGAUGCCUUGCACAAGGAAAUUUCAUCUGUGACGAAGAAUAAUGAUUUGGCUGUUUUUACUUUAGUUGGCAAGACUGCAAGAAGUGAGAAAGAAGCUUAUGAUUUGUAUAAUGAUCAUGCCCGAUUGAUUGGUUUUAGUGUGAGAGUGGGAAAACAGAAGUUUAGAGGUAAGACUGAUAAAGUUAGGAUGAAGAAAUUAUGUUGUAACCGCGAAGGAUACAAGAGAUCCGGUGGAAAUGGUGAUGUGUGCCAUGAGAGGAUUAAUUUUCCGUGUGGGUGUCCAGCUUAUAUCCAUUUUACUGUUGACAAAGAUGGCUUGUGGACCUGUACAAAGCAUCUGGUUGAUCACAAUCAUGAUCUUGUGCCGAAUGAAAUGAUUGGACUUCUUCGAUCUCAACGUGAAAUAGAUGAAAAUGAUAUGAAGAUAAUCAGAGACAUGAGAAGGAGUGGCAUCCCUUUGGUUGACGCAUAUAAGUUUGUGGCAAAAUUACACGGGGGAAGUCCGAACAUGAAGUAUACUUUGAGAGAUGCCUACAAUUAUGAGCGUCCUGGUGUUGGAUUUGAAGGUGGCGAUUGUAAUCAGCUCAUGAAGAUUUUUUGGGAUAGGAAGGAAACUGAAGAAGAUUUCUUCUUUGAUUUUGACUGUGAUGAGCAGGCUAUGAGGGGUGAAGAUCUACGCUGUAGCCAGGGAAACAUCGAUUCAUAUCUUCUUGGUGACCCUUUCCUGGAAAGCAUUCGCAGAGUGUACACAGUUGAAGCAUUCCGGGAGGUUCAGCAGUUGCACAAAGAUGGGAUGUUGUGCAGGCAGGAGCAGUUAGAGGUCUCAAAUGAUGGCAAUAUUGUGACGUACAAUGUUGGCCGGUUUGGGAUAGAGCACUUUAAGCAUGUGGUUGUACAUGGCACUAGGUCAAGCAUAGCUAAUGAGAGAGAUGGAAAAGCUGCUGGGCCAUUGCUGUGGAAGGCACUAAUUAUGAGACGAUUUUCAGACUUGGUAUAUGCAAGUGAAUAUAACAAAGAUGCAAAGAAAUGUUGUGACGAGGCGGUUGACAGGCUUAAAGAAGAACUCGGCAGUUUCAUUGGUUCAAAUAAUAAUGAUGAGUCUGUAGACAAUGAUGGUGUUAUAAAGAAUCUGGCUGUAAAGAGGAAGAAGUUUGACCUGCAUUAUCAAAGCAUGCCAUUUCCUUAUCCCAAGGGAGCUGCUCAAGAUUAUUCAGGCUCAGGAAGUUUUACUGCUGUGAAUGCUUCCCAUCAAAGCAUGCCAUCUUUGAACGUAAAUUCUGGUGGAUUCUCAUUUGCUAAUCCAAGUGUAGCUGCCCAAGAUUUUUCAUGGGCAGGGGCUUCCACUUCUGUGAAUGCUUCUGAUCAAAGCAUGUCAUUCAUCAACCAAAAUUCCGGUGGAUUCUCAUUUCCAAUUCCCAAGAGAGCUGGCCAGGAGUUUCAAGGCGCAAGCACUUCCGCUGCUGUGAAUGCUUCUCAUCAAAACAUGACAUUCAUGAAUCAAAACUUUGGUGGGUUUUCAUUUCCUAACCGAAGGGAAGCUGCCAGGGAGGCUGGAGCGCAGCGUUUCUUUAACAAGAUCUUUUAUUAG